GGGAGUUCCCACCGGUUGAGUUCUUAAAGUCAUGAAGACUCAAGAAAAAUAACAAGGAGUGGCCGAUUGGAGUCUUUUGGACUUGCCCGGAGCUCCACCCUCGGCCAGAGGAAAAGCCCCUGGGGACCGAGGCGGGAGCAUCAGACAAGCGCGAGAAAAGUGCCUGUGCGCGCUCCACCUCUGCGCAGCGGGUGCGGGGCGGUGACCUGUCCCUUGAGUUAGCCAUGGCGGCAGCGGGAUCCUCGCGCUCCGGGAGCCCUGCCCUCGGCCUGGGACACCUGUUGACCCUCGCGAUCCUUGCACUUGCCUGUGAUGCUUGUAAAGAAGUCGUCCUCCAGGUCCCCUCUGAACUACCUGCUGGGAAAUUUGUUGGCAGAGUGAACCUGAUGGAGUGCCUUAAAUCAGCAAAUGUAAUUCACUUGAGUGAUCCUGAUUUCCAAGUCUUCGAAGAUGGUUCUGUGUACACAACCAAUUCUGUUGUUUUGUCUUCGGGGCAAAGAAGCUUUACUAUUUGGCUUUUCAACACAGACAGCCAGGAAGAGAGGGAGUUGUCUGUCCAUUUAGAGGGCCCUGUAGAGGUCCUAAAUCAAAGACUGCAUACAGAAAAAGUUCUCCGCCGCGCCAAGAGAAGAUGGGCUCCCAUCCCUUGUUCCAUGAUGGAGAAUUCAUUGGGUCCCUUCCCACUUUUCCUUCAACAGAUCCAAUCCGACAAAGCUCAAAACUACACCAUAUACUAUUCCAUCAGCGGUCCAGGAGUUGAUAAAGAACCCGUAGGCUUAUUUCGUAUUGAUAGAGAUACUGGAAACCUGUAUUGCACUGAUCGUGUAGAUCGAGAACAGUAUGACUCCUUUGAGCUGACUGCAUUAGCAAUGACUCCAGAUGGGUAUAUGGUAGAGAACCUGCUGACGCUCCUCAUUAAAGUAGAGGAUGAGAACGAUAAUUACCCGAUCUUUACCCAGAAAGUGUACAGCUUCACAGUUUUGGAAAACAGUCCAUUUGGUUCUCACGUCGGGGAGGUCUGUGCAACAGACAAGGAUGAGCCGGACACAAUGCACACUCGUCUGAAGUACUCCAUCCUGGAGCAGUCGCCUUCUCCCCCCAUGUUAUUCACCAUGCAUCCCAGGACUGGUGUCAUCACUACCACCUCCACCCAGCUGGACAGAGAGUUAAUUGACAAGUACCAGUUGAUAAUAAAAGUUCAGGACAUGGAUGGCCAGUAUUUUGGUUUGCAGACAACAGCGACCUGCGUCAUUACUAUUGGAGAUGUGAAUGACAACUUGCCAACAUUCACGCGUACUACGUACGUGACAUCAGUGGAAGAAAAUACGGUCAAUGUGGAACUCUUACGUCUUUCUGUUCAAGAUAAAGAUUUAGUUAACUCUCCUAAUUGGAGAGCUAAUUACACCAUUUUAAAGGGCAACGAAAAUGGAAAUUUUAAAAUCAAAACAGAUCCCCAAACCAAUGAAGGCAUUCUGUGCGUGAUUAUGCCUCUGGACUAUGAAGAACGGCAACGGGUGACCCUGGAAAUUGGCGUAGUUAAUGAAGCCCCGUACACUAGACAGGCUGGUUCAAAGUCAUCCAUGAGCACAGCUACAGUGACUGUCAACGUGAAAAAUCAGGAUGAGGGCCCUGAGUGUAUCCCUCAAACGCAAACUGUGAGGAUUCGAGAAAAUGUACCAAUUGGUACUAGAAACGAUGGGUAUAAAGCAUAUGACCCAGAGACCAAAAACAGCAUUGGCAUAAGGUACAGGAAGUUAAGUGACCCAAAAGGAUGGAUCACUGUUAAUGAAGAUUCAGGAUCAAUCACCAUUUUCCGAACUCUGGAUCGGGAGGCUGAGACCAUCAGAAACGGCAUCUACAAUAUUACAGUCCUUGCAUUAGAUGCAGACGGGAGAAGCUGUACGGGAACUCUGGGAAUCUUACUUGAAGAUGUGAAUGACAACGGCCCAUUCAUACCCAAGCAGACAGUGGUGAUAUGCAGGGCUACCAUGUCCUCUGCUGAAAUUGUUGCGGUUGACCCUGAUGAGCCAGCAAAUGGUCCACCAUUUGAUUUUAGUUUGGAGAGUUCUGAUUCAGAAGUACGGAGGAGGUGGAAGUUGACAAGAAUCAAUGAUACAGCUGCUAGUCUUUCCUAUCAGAAUGACCCUGCGUUUGAUUCCUACGUAAUUCCCGUCCGAGUUACAGACAGGUUUGGUCUGUCCUCAGUCACGUCACUGAAUGUCGUUGUAUGUGACUGCAUCACUGAAAGUGACUGCACAUACCGCACUGGAGAAAGGACUGGCUAUGCUGACGUGAGACUUGGACCAUGGGCUAUCCUUGCUAUACUGCUGGGCGUAGCCUUGCUACUUUGUAUCCUGUUUACCUUAGUCUGUAGUGUUUCCCGGGCAUCAAAACAACAGAAAAUUCUUCCCGAUGACUUAGCUCAGCAGAACCUAAUUGUAUCAAACACCGAGGCUCCUGGAGAUGACAAAGUCUAUUCCGCAAAUGGCUUCACAGCUCAAACUGCGGGAGCUUCUGGGCAGACAACAUUCACAACCUUGGGAGCUGGAGUCAAAAGUACAGGGCAAGAGACCAUUGAGAUGGUAAAAGGAGGACAGCGCACACUGGACUCCCGCAGGGCGACCGGCUAUCACCACCAUACCAUGGAUCCUGGCAGGGGAGGGCAUGUGGAGGUGGACAAUUACAGAUACACCUACUCUGAGUGGCACAAUUUCACUCAGCCCCGACUUGGUGAGAAGGUGCAGUUUUGCCAUGAGGAUGACAACCAGAAGCUUGCCCAAGACUAUGUCCUCACAUACAACUAUGAGGGAAAAGGCUCGGCUGCUGGCUCUGUGGGUUGCUGUAGCGACCUACAGGAAGAAGACGGGCUUGAGUUUUUGGACCAUCUGGAGCCUAAAUUUAGGACAUUAGCAGAAGUAUGUGCAAAGAGGUGAACGACUUCUAACAGGAUAACGAAAACUAAUGGAUUUACUGCCUUGUCCUCCCUGCUUUUAACUGUAAACCAGGAGUUUUCAAAAACAGAAGAUGUUAUAUUUGGGGCUCCCUCCGCCAUCUACAGAGUCUCCAUGGAUAUACACAUUUACAGAGAAACGUUGUAUAUUAGUGCUCGGAAACCAUUGCUCUCGAGUUUCAGUCACUUCUCUUUUACGGGUGUCCUCUCACAUGGAAACUUAAGGAAUUCUCAUUACUGUUUACAUUGGGUGUAAUGACAGCAGCCAACUUAGAGUGCAAUGACGUUGAAUGGAUUUCAGUCCGUUUCUAGACUAUUGACUGUAACCCAAUUGGAGACUGUAGACACCAUCAUCUCCAGUUAACGAAUUAACUGAUUGUUUGUAUGGUGCUUGGAAACAGUUGUUUUCCUCAACAUUCUAAACUGUGUAUACUGUGUCUUACUUUUGUUAUAGUCUUGUAACAUGGCCUGGCUUUGUAGUGCAAAGGUAGACGGCCAGGCAGCCAUCGAAUGUGCUGAAGUUCUAAUCCAGUGGGUUUUAGCUUCUGUUCUAUGUAAAAGCCUGCACUGAAUCUCAGUCUCUUUUGUACUGACUUUGUCAGUUAAAUUUAGAUUUCAAAACUCCUGUUUUUUCCUCCUAAAAUUUUUGGUCUGUGAAUACCAAAUGGUCUACCCUCCCAUCCUCUCUUCAUUUUUAAUUUUGUUUUUGUUUUCUUUCCUGUUGACUUUGAAAGGUCUACUUGGGUUGAAGAAAUCCAAGAUGUCCCUAUAAGUUGUCUCAUAAAAUAGUUUUUCUCUGGUGUGUAUGCAUGUGCCUUGUUAGUUUUCUUAAGCUCAAUGUAACAGCAACAUUAUUGUUUUGGAUUUUUGGUAAUUGCUUCAUUUCUGUCCUUAGUGAAGAACUUUCAGUUUUUCCAAUGAAACUAUAGGACUCUUUCAUGAUCUUUUAGAAGCAACGUUCUGUGUAACAGAAGCAAUAGUGUACUUAGAAGUAGGUUGUGUCAAUCUGAUGUAGAAUAGCAUAGUUACAAUUUCUGUUCUUAAUUCAAGGACACUGGAAGUAGGAAGUAGUGAUAAGAGUUUGAAGUAAGCUUCUCAGCAGAAUAAUCUCAGACAAUCUCUAGGACAAUGACUUCACUUACUUUUUAGAUGAUAUGGUUAGUCAUAAUUACAUGGUUGUAAAAUUAUUUUUAGAAAGUUUGUAAUUAUAGUUAUUUUAUGAAAUAUAGAAAUGGGCCAAACAAUUUAAUCUUUUUAAGGAAUUUACACAUGAGUAAACUUCAUAGCCAGCUACGUUCUAGAACACAGGUCAUGUUUCCUUCAGUCAGUGAGCUCAGCACUUUGACUGGAUGGAUGGAGAUUCUAGGAUGGACAUUCUAGGUGCAGUUCUCAUGUGUGCGAUUGUUCAUUGUGUGGAACAAUGUCUUGAAUUCACCGAGUUGGCUUAUAACAAUUGUGUCCAGAACAAACAUUGGGGAAAUUUUUGAACACCAACUAUGUAUGCAGUGGAGUCAUUAUUUGUGUCAGAGACAUUUUUAAUAAAUUAUGUACAAAAUGA